GGUGACUCAGGAUUAUCUUAUAGUUUGCUACUUGUAUGGUUGCCUUAUGAAUGUGAAAACUCCAUCCCCAAUGAUACAAAACGUACCAGUGCUAAAGUAUUUUUCUAUCCAGUUACAUUAGAAAUGAAGAGGAAUACUGUAGAUGAACAGAAAUCUCAAGUUGAAGAAUCAAAGGUGAACAGAGAUGCAGUACUGGCUACAAGAUCCUUAAUGCAACAAUUAAUACGAUACAAUUCUAAUACGAAUUGUCCUAUUUAUCGAAAACGUCAAUUUAAUCGUGAUGCGAACAGUUCAAGUACGAUUACACGAUCAAAAACAUUCACCUCAGGCUUAAAUCCUCUACCACGUGUUAAGUGUUCAAAUGGAGGACAUUCAGUGAUCAAUCCAAUUUUAAGGAAGAGUUUUGAACAGAAAAACGAAGAUGAUUCAAUCAGAUCGCCUGUAAAUAAUGAUAAAAAAGACGAUACAGGAAGCAAACAAGUCACAUCUCAUAAAACGGUUAAAUUUGGACCUAUCGAAGAGUGUCAUUAUCAAGGCAAUAAAAAAAUAACAACAAAGAUACUGACGAGUGAAAAUUAUUCAGAGACGACAACAACGCCAUCUAUAACUGAUAAUACUUCUACAAAUUUAGAUAUCUCUGAAAACUCUAAUUCUACACAUAACAGUCCAGUCAAUCCAGAGGUAAUCGUUAAAUCAAAUGAAGAUCCGGAUGAGAAUAAGGAAAUUCUACUGACCAAGUCGACCUCAUUUCCUAAUCAACUGGUUCAGCAUGCAUUCACGGAUCAAAAUAGAUCAUCUUCCUCAUCAGCAUUAGGCGAUCAAUGUUCAGACGAUCAAUACUGUUGUCAUUAUUAUUAUUACUGCAAUGAUCAUCAUCAAAAUUAUGACCAAUUUCCUCCAUUAUCAGCUACUGUUCUACUAGCUAUUCCUGAAAUUGGUGAAAAUGACUACUAUGCCGAUUCACCACAAUGUCUGACUGUGAAAGAAUUGAAAGAAUUAGGUGUAUACACUAGUGAAGAAGACGAUGAUGAUGAAGAAGGAGAUGAAGACGGUGUCGAUGGUGUCGACGGCGACAACAACAAUGAUGAUGAUGAUGAAGAUGUUGGCGGUAAAAGUAAGGAAGUGUUGCAAAGCAUUAGAGAACAAAGAGAGUAUAGAUUAGACAGCAAUGAAAGAAUAAGUAGUUCUAGUCCCACGUAUAUUCAUGGAACAGAUAUCGUUGUUGUUUCGCAUACACCAUCAACGACAUCAGAAUUCAAUGAAAUUCAUGCCUCACAUCAUCAUCAUCAUCAUCAUGAAGAAGUUAUGAUCUAGCAGUCAACUCCAUCAUUGGUUGUUUUCCUUUUUUUUAGAAAUUCUCCGAGCACAUCACAUAUUCUACUAGAUUGUAUGUAAUAUAUAUAUUUUGAAGCAUUAUAUUCUUUCUUACUACUUUGCAGCAGCAAAUUAAGUAGUUUGGUAUUGUAUUCAGUAAAAAAAAUAAUAAAUCACUCAUUAUUUCUUUCUUUU